GACCGACCGGGUGUGGGGCGGCGGCGCGGUGGCGGCUCGGCCUGGGCCGGGGGUCCAGGGGCCCCUCCCUGCACCGGACUGGCUGGGCUGUUCGUGCAGGGCUCGCCGCCCCCAGGUUCUGAGUGUAGACGCCUGUGCCAGGGCCUGGAGCACAGACUGGAUGGGCCUGGGUGCCUGAGAAGACCAGCAAGAGCCCCUGCGACCUGCCCUGCUUUGGACUCACGCCCACAGCUUGCCGGCUCCAGGCCAGAAGUCGGAACAGUGCCCAGCACAGCAGAUGCUGUGACCUCGGUGCCCAGCUCACACAGCGGGUAGCAGAAAGCACAGGAUUUCCAUUAGACACCAGCUGACCAAGUCCUUGACCUUAAAAAAGCCACAGCUUCUCCAGGCCGGUUCUCUUCCAGGAAGCAGGUAAUUGAAGUGUUGCCUGGAAUAGCAGAGAAUUGGAAACAGUCAUAUCUGAGGACCGUGCAUCUAUGUUGUGGUAUUUAAAAAAGAUAACUCAGUAUGCUUCCCAGAAGGAACCACGUGUCUGCCAAUCAGAGUUUGUUGAAUGCUGCCUGCGAAGGAUUCAGUCAUGUGAAGUCUGCCUGGAUCCCAGUGGACUGUGUUUGGAAAUGCAGCUAAGAAGAUGAAAGACAUUGGACAGCAGUUACUCAGUUCACAAGUACUUGAUGGACACAACUCUUUGACCAUGUCGCCUAGACAACCUCAUGCUAAUAGAGCCACUCGGCCAGACAGACAAGAAGCUCAGACAGCUUUGUAUCAAGGCUCAGAGGCCGAGGCCGCCAUGAUGACCACGGCCACGUGUGUGAAGUGCAAGACUGUUCACCAGAUCCCUCUUCAGGAUUUGAAAAAGGGGCCGGGGCAGAGCCACAAGGAAGACAGAUACGUGUGCUUCCAGUGCAGCCUUGGAGUGGCUUCUCCCCACUUCCCUUUCGGGAACAGUGAUCCCAGCGCUACUCACGUAGGAAAUAAAGCCGACACCAUCACAAGUUCUGGCAAUAACAAAUUUAAGGUAAGAAACUUUAAACCAGGCAAAUACUAUUGUGAUAAAUGUCGCUUUUCCACGAAGGACCCUCUGCAGUACAGGAAGCACACGCUUCAGCACGAAGAGAUCAAGUUCAUUUGUUCUCACUGCAGCCACAUUUCCUACACGAAGGGGGAGUUUCAGAGACACUUGGUGAAGCACACAGGCAUCUUCCCUUACCGAUGUGAGUACUGUGACUAUGGUGCUAUUAGGAACGAUUACAUUGUCAAGCACAGGAAGAGAGUUCACGAGAGAGCUGGCGGAAAACGACAGCCCAAAGCCGUGGCCAAGCCGGAGCCGAAAAGGACCAACGCAUCAAAACAAAACGCAGAGCUUUUCAAAACCUCUGAUCCAGGCACCACACUGCAAAGCAAGUUACCAGAUCAACUCUCGAGGUUCUCCCUCCAGACAAACAAAGACAGAGCGCGCAGCAUCACACUGGUACCCGAGUCGAAGGAGCACCAAAAAGACGUGGUGUGUAUUCCAAACAGAGGGACCCUGUUGGAGCCAAAUGAAGUCGGUGUGUUGGAGAACAAAAGCGUGGAGGUGGAAGUGUUAUCCCCGGCCACAGAGCCCGUUCAGCCCGGAAUGCCGUUGACUGUGGUGGCGCCAGCAGAGCUCGUGGUCCCUGCCAACUGUUUGGCGCAGUUGAUAGAUGUGAAGGUUGUCAAUGGAACACAGCAGCUUGUUCUGAAACUGUUUCCUUUGGAAGAAAAUAAUUGCCUAGAAGCUGGUGGGGGUGAUGGAGGUCAUUCUGAACGUAGGAUUAAAGAGAAGGGUUCAGAUGAACAAGGAAAAAUGCUCCCUGCAGAACAAACCAAGUCACUGACAACUGAAGGGCGUGCUGGAGAACCUUUAGGCCUUGAUUGCCUUCAAUCAGUUCAGAAACAAGUUAAAAAUGUGAAAUGGGUACAGUCUUACGAUGUGUUCAUGUCAAAUUCUAGUGUGUACCCCUCUAGAGAAUCCCUCCUCAAGUCGGCUAGAGUUGAGGAUUUGCAGAAAAAAAGUCAUAUGUAUCCACAUAGAACUGCUCUUCCUCCCGUUGCCUUAAAAGGUCACUCCCCAUCAUCUAUAGUGAAAAACAGUGUUUUAUGUGGCCUUGGCACUGCCCCAAAUCCCUUUCCAUAUAAAGCUGCUGCUUCUUUUACUGAAGAUGGGAGGCAUUUGCACAGGGACCCCCAGAAGUUUCUUCCUCUGGCUGCAUCACCUGCAGCCAUUUCCUUCUCUGGAGAAAAGGGCUUUUUGCCUAUAAGUAAAAAUGACUUGGAAUCUAGAAGUGAGAUCAGUAUUCCUAUGAGAAUGGUUGCAUCUACUAGGAAGCUGAAAGACAACCAGACAGAGGAAUAUAAGGCAGUUUCAAAUACAGGCCAGAUUUCCUCUCAUCGUGAAAGUGAAUAUUUACACAUAAACAUAACAGGAGAAGACAGAAUCAGAUCUCAGCAGCCUGGGGAUAAACCUUUGGAGUUAAAGAAUUCUGAAAGGACUAAUAACUCUUUCAAUGGCCCAGUCAUUUCAUCAGUAUUUUCUCUGAGCUCCGGAUCUGAAGACGUCCCUGAGGGCGUUAAGUGGAAUAGCUCAACAUCCAAAAUAAAGUCAAUUGAACUCCUGCGCAGAAAGAUCGCUCAGUUAAUUGAAUCCUGUGGCAAGCCUUCAUCUCUGGCUGCCAAUAAUGCACAUCGUCGUUCUGUAGGGCAGGCAUCAAAGGUAACUUCAAAAUCCACCCCUGAAGGUAUUCAAGAAAUUAAUGUGUCAUUUACUGGCACUGGCUAUUCCACUCACACUCUCUCAAAACCUCAGGAUGAUAGUUGCAUUAGUAGACAGCGUACCCGUCAGCAGAUAUAUCCACAGUUUGUAGAAGGCAGCAAUGGGAAAACCGAAAGCCAAGUAACCAGGAAGGCUCAUGUUGCUACUCCAGUGUUGAUCCCCAAAGGAGCAGUGUUGAGGGUUCUUAAUUCCUCAGAGGAUGCCCACAUUAUAGAGGCUACAUGUGAAGCACCCGUCAGCAUUCCUUACAGUGAGACACAGUUAAUAAAACCCAUUCCAUUCUGCCCCGUGAAACAGACAGAUUCAAACUUACAGUCUUCAACAAGUGAAAGUGGGCCAAUAGACAUGUCCCAGAACCUCGACACAUCUCUUCGGCCUAAACCAAGAAAAGAGAGUGCUGUUGGUAGCACCAUCCCGAAAAAAACUGGCCCUCUGCAUGGUCAGCAAGCAAGCAGUGAAUUGAGUAAGCAAGGGAAAGUGCCCUACAGAAAUCUUCCUAUAAAUAAAAAUAAAACCAAGCAAGUAAAUUCAUCCAAGAAGAAAAGCAAAAUUCAGGCUGACCCCGGCCUCUGUCUCAAGGAUCCUUCAAUUUUUCAGGUUACAAGACAGCUUCGACUGAUAGCAGUUAAACCGGACCAGUUGAUUAAAUGCCCCCGUCGGAAUCAGCCCGUCAUUGUGUUAAACCAUCCUGAUGUUGACUCACCGGAAGUGACCAAUGUGAUGAAGGUAAUAAACAAGUACAAAGGCAAUGUCCUCAAAGUUGUCUUAUCGGAGAGGACCAGGUGUCAAUUAGGCAUCAGACGGCAUCAUGUGCGGCUGACCUACCAGAACGUGGAGGAAGCGAAUCAAAUAAAAAGGCAAAUGAUGUUGAAGAUGAAACUUAAAAAAGUCCAUAAAAACAACUACCAGGUGGUGGAUUCCUUGCCUGAUGAUUCACAGUGUACGUUUAAGUGCUGGUUUUGCGGACGGCUGUACGAAGACCAGGAAGAGUGGAUGAGUCAUGGUCAGCGGCAUUUGAUAGAAGCAACCAGGGAUUGGGAUGUUCUUUCUUCCAAAGGCAAAUAAGUGAAAAAUUGGUGUUUGAAGCAAUUUUUUUUUUUUAGUUUAUUCUGGUUAGGGUUGGGUUUGUUGUUUUUCCCCAUCCCUGACUCAGUAGGAGAAAUAGAGAUUGUAGGAACGGAACCGUUAAUUGUUCAGAUCCCUUGUAGGAAUGUUGAGAACCAGGCAUCUGGUGUCCCCUGAUAUGUGACUGGAACCUGGAAGGUAUUUGAAGCCCCUGAAAGAGUACGCACACAUUUAUGUACAUGCAUUUUUUUGGAGAAGUGAAACUUUCAACAAACUUUCAGUGGGAUCUGAGACCUUUCUGUUUAGCACCCCGGUUUCUGUGCGGAUACAAACCUCUUGUCAUCCAGUGAGAGGGUGAGUUUAGAGUGUCUUACACAUGCUACUGAUCAAUUAAACCCAUGUGGUUUCCUUUUUCUUUGCAUUAACUUGUCUCCUGAAUAUUUGGUACAUAAUGGAAAUUAUAUUUUCUACUGUUAUCUUAAAUUUGGUUACAGAAAAGUGGCCAUUCUUUUCAAUCCCUCACCCCUUCUAUAAUCCUCUUAAGUGUUCUUUACAGCACAGAAAACUGUGCUUCUUGGGACUGUCUGAAAGAAUGAUUGUAAAGUUUUGCCUAAAUUUGCUGCUUCCACAGCGUGUGUUAGGGGAGAAAGAAAACAUUUUCAAGCUUUUGCAUUCUUUCUUAAACAUCUCAAUUUAUGACAAUUGGUGAGGGAAUGUGCCUUUUUGCAAAAUAAAAAAGAAAUGGUCACAAAGGGAAAAUAUCUCAAAUUAAGUCUUUUGUUUGUCCUUACCCCUCUCAUAAACAAAGUAACCAGUUAAAAAUGUGAAUAUGCAGGUCUCUUAGACAUAGAUCGAACCUGGGAAGAUAAUGCAAGGUCAGAUUGUGGAGGCAGCUGUGACUUUAAGGUGACUGAGUUUUCGUUUGGGGACUAACUCUCCAUCCAUCACUCAGGGCUCACAGACACUGCCCUCCACCCCAGGUCGCAGCCUACUCUCCUUUGCCACUUAUCCCACGGGGGGGUCUGUUCAGACAACUCCCCACUCACCUCCUGUCCCUUUCCUUUUGUGCCUUUGAGGCCCCUUAAAGUCGUCCCUCGUGAAAAUACUAAAAAAGGGCAGGAAUCAAUAAAACGCAAACAUCCCACCAUCUUUGUUAAGAUUAUAGGAACACUAUCCCGGGUCUUCAUUGACGGUAACAAUGUGCAUCUAAUUGACCUUUGCCACAGCCAUGCUUUCCCCAUUACUCGCUUUGCUAGGAAGCAACUCCUGAGAGCAUCCCUGCUCCCCUCUCCAUCACCAGGUGUCAGGACCGGAGCUGAGCUGUACAACACCUUCGUGUGCAUCAGAAAACAGCCCGCCCUCUGCCGCUGGGGCAAUACUCGGUUGGCAGAUGGAGCUUGGACUGCAUCUUAGUCCUUCCUUGCCCACUCAGCUGGGCCCCAGCCAUCCUGCAGAAGGCGAAUGGCUCAGACACACGCCAACCCGGCCCUUGAGUGCUCCUCGCUGUAGGCAUUCAGGCCUGUGCUGGGGUAGGGAAUGCCACUGGGGUUGUCACAGCUGAGGAAGACACGAGAGAGAUUCCUGUUGCAUUGGAUAGUCAGAGAUGGAUAUUUCUUUUUUCCCCACAGGGGAAAGUCUUAGAUUACCCUCUGAUUGGGGGAGGGGGGCAGGGCGGGUGUUGCAGUUCUGUGUCGUUUCUCAUUACAGUAGUUAACAUGUCUUAUGUGUAAUUUGGGACAUGAUCACUGAGUUGAUUAAUUGAUCAAUUUUUGUUGAAAUUUGGAUUUUUUAUGUGUAUACAAGUAUAUGUACACAUACCAGUAUUUUUUACCAUAUGAAAACUGUAAUACCUAAUUUUCUGAUUUCCUAUUUUAUAAUGAAAUUAGGUGGUUUGGAAAAUAUAAAAUGUUUUAUAUUCUAGAAAUAACUUAUUUUGGAAGUACCUUUUUAUAAUCGUCUGAUUUCACUUUGAGCAAAUGAAAGCACAGUCGAGAGUGGGUCGGAUUUGUAUGAACAAACGGAGUGGCCACCCCGGCGAUCAUUUCAUCACAGACCUCAGUCCCGAACAUUUCCCCUUGGGGCGUUCUGAGCAGUGGAGCGCGAGACUGCUUCGCUGCAUACAGGAGGCCAUUGCGCAGGUCUACCCGGGUGUAGGUCUGUGCCCCUCCAACAUGAAAGAAGCCUCCGGAGGCAUUCAGAGAAGAGAAGGCUGUGGUUUUCUUUUUCCUCCUAUACCUCACUACAUAGUUGCAUCUUUCCUGAAAGCAUAGACUGGCCUUUCAGGAGAGAAAACCAUGACUCGGGUCAGUGUUAAGUGUCAACAUGAAGUAUUUACACUUUGCAGCAUCAACCCUUUUUGCAAGUAUUACCUAAAGCAGCUUACGUCCUUGUACAGAGCUCACGUUCAUGAGGCGGGGGAGGCGGGUCAGAAUUACAGUACUUAUUAAGGAAUUAAGAAGGCUCCGGGGAGUCAUAAAAAGUGAGGAAGCAAAGACUGGCUGUCUUCCUUAUGUGAAGAGCGUUAGGAAAUAGCUUGUUAGCGUGUAGGUGAGUGUCGUGAAAUGCGUGAAAUGCGCUGUAGCGUCAUUUCUAACAAGAUUGGAGAAGGUAGCAGAACUGUGUUGAGUAUUUGUGUGCUCUUUCUUGCCAUGAUUUUGAAGGACCUCCUCUCACUAAACUUUACUAAUAGUAUUUACUAAUGACAUCAUUUUAUGCUUAUUUUUAACAGAUUUUCUUUUGGGGGGCAGAAAUGAGAUGAUCUUAUAUUUAUGAUAUGACAAAGAGUGAAAGUUGUUGUUUUUUAAUGACUUAAUAGAUUAUAUUUUACUCAAAUUGUUUUCCUCAGCCCCAAACAAUUUUGUGAGCCCCUGUUAUGGGCCAAGUGCUGUUGAAUUAAAUGGGACACAAUGUGUUAACCCUCGAGAGCCCCUGCCUCCUGCUCUGGGACCUCCUGUAGAAGCCGUCCCAGGAAAUGAUGGUGUGAUGCUGCCCCGCCUUUUGAAGACGGUGUGAACCUGUCAGUGUCAACUGAGAAAAAAUAAAACCUUGCAUAACCCGUUUCAAGCACCCCUAGAGGUCCUGUGUUAACAGUGUGUGCUGCUGCGCUUUGGAAACACAUUUAUAUAGAGAUUCAGGAGUUGGAGUAAAUUUUGUUAAAGCAACUGUCAACGUU